AUGGCGUCGCAAGAAGCCAUGAAUAUUCAAGAGCACAUUGAGCUCAUCAAUACCGUCCUUCCCAACGUCAAUGUCCAUGACAGGCCAUUUUACGAGAACAUGCUGAGCGAGCUGUACCAGAGGCUAUCGGACCAGCAGCGGCAAAGCGAAAUCGAGGCUGAAGCACUGGCAAGAGCCUUCCAGCCCGACAACAGCAAUGUCGAUAAUGGUAUCUGGGGACACGUCGAGCAACACGACCCCACAAACUACCACAGCGGCCCAUCAUACAGCAAUGGUGCGUCAUACGGCUUGCAAGUACCCUCUCCGCCUCUGCCUGAACUAAAACAGAGCCGGAAACGAAGUCUGGGAUCAUCUGACUAUCCAGAGGCCAAACGUGUCAGUGGGCAGCCAAGCCCCGUAACUCCAACUUCGCCUGUCGGCCCAUGGUCACAAUCACUCCCUAGCCGACAGUCUUUUCCUACAAGUCAAUCUGAACCUAUACCCUUCGUCGACCUGACCGAGUCUGACCCCCCUUCGCCUGAACGCUUCGAGCUCCCUGCUCGUAUGUAUGCGCAAUCAGAUCCCAUUCAGCAUCUGUUCUAUGAGCCAUUUCCAGAGCUCAGCACUUAUCAAGGAGACUAUGAAAAUGGCAUCAUGGCACCAGCUGAUGCGUUCAAUCAGGAAUUCAUGGCCUCAGAAGAGCUUGCUGAGUUCCUGAUCGGACCGAGUGCACCGGGCGGUGGUUACGGAUAUCAGCAACCAACCCCCCAUUAUCAACGUGCCAGAGCAGGUUACCCUUCUCCCUUUAUGCGAGGGAAAGACAGUGACGAAGACAAUUAUGGCAGUUUUCCUCUCAAUGUUGACGAGGCGGCCGCGAUAGAGAAGCUUUUCGAGAACAUCAAGGAUGAUGGCGAGAAUAUCGAAGAUCGAGAGCCCACACCAAAGAACAUGACCUGCAUCCUGAAGCCGUACCAGCGUAUCGGUCUCACAUGGCUGCUCAAGAAGGAGCGGGGCUCGACCAAGGGCGGCAUCUUGGCGGAUGAGAUGGGUUUGGGCAAGACAAUACAGGCUCUGGCUCUCAUCUGCGCGAACCCGUCCACUAAUCCGGCUUGCAAGACAACACUCAUAAUCGCACCUGUUGCGCUUAUGCGGCAGUGGGAGAAGGAAAUUGAACGUCAUGUCCAUCCUCGUCAUAGGCUCAGUGUUCACCUCUAUCAUGGCAGUGGCAAGAACGCUGAUUUCGCUCGGCUUCGUCAAUUUGAUGUUGUCUUGACCACAUUUGGAUCUCUCACUUCGGAGUUCAAACAGAGGGAGUCUUCGAAAGAAGCUAUGCUCAACGACCAAGAGCUGCGCAACCCUAGCAUGCGUCGCAAAGCUAAAGACAGGCUCGCGCUGCUAGGGCAAGAGUGCAUGUGGUAUCGUAUCGUUAUAGAUGAGGCUCACAAUAUAAAGAACCGCAACUCCAAGUCCUCCAAGGCUUGCGCUGAUCUUAUGGCUAAACACCGUUUGUGCAUGACAGGUACGCCUAUGAUGAACAGCGUUGAUGAGCUUUUCCCACUUCUUCGGUUUUUGAAGGCAGAGCCGUAUUGUAAUUGGACCAAGUUUAGUCUCGAGAUCGCCAAACCCAUGAAGACCACCAACGAGCACACGAAGAAGCGCGCGCUUGAUCGUAUCCAAAUCCUGAUCAAAGCCAUUAUGCUCCGACGCCAGAAAGACUCCGUUGUCGAUGGAGAGCCUGUUUCAGUGAUCCCACCCAAGCACUCGGCUAUUGAUAAUGUGGAGUUUGAAGAUGAAGAACAUGCCCUCUACAAGGCCCUAGAAACCAAGUCGCAGCUUCAGAUGAACAAAUACCUUCAGAAGGGUACGGUCACAGCCAACUACGCCAACGUUUUGGUUCUAUUGCUUCGCCUCCGUCAAGCAUGCUGUCAUCCACAUCUGAUCAAAGACCUCAGUCAACCAGCGACUGAGGGUAUUGCCGAAGACGACCUCUUGAUCCGUGCGGAAGAAUUGAAUGACGAUGUUAUUGUUCGGCUGAAGGCAAACGAUACAUUUGAGUGUCCUAUAUGUCUCGAAGCUGAUCCGAAUCCGACCAUCAUCAUCCCGUGUGGACAUACGGUAUGCGGUGAGUGUGUCCAGAAGCUCAUUGAUCCGGCAAUGCGCGCCGCACAGGAUGGCAACGACGAGACUAGCACGCCUAGGUGCCCACACUGUCGUGGCGAACUGAAGGCCAGGCUGAUAACGGACUACAAGCACUUCUGCAAGGUCCACUGCCCUGAUCGUCUUGGGUCGGCCGACGUAUCUGAAGAAGAGGAGGCCGAGGCCGAGGACGAAGACUCCGAUUCCGACUCUGAGGACGAAGACGAAGCGCCAGAUGUUGACAAGAAGGGUAACCUAGCUGGUUUCAUCGUUGAUGAUGAAGAAGAUGAAGAGUACGCAGCCGAUGAGGCGGAGGCUGAUGAUGAGCUCGGCUCCGCACUCGAGACCAAGGUGGAGCCAAAGGCCAGGAAGCCGAACAAACACAGCAAGGGCAAGGGCAAGGCCCGUGCCAAACCCAAGCAGACUCUCGCUCAACUCAAGAAGGAGUCACUUCGCAACAAGAGCGCCAAGAAGCGCUACCUGCGUCGUCUAGACAAGACCUACAUUCCGUCUGCGAAGAUUAACAGGACCGUUGAACUAAUCAAAGAGAUCAAGAAUAACGACCCGACCGAAAAGACGUUAAUCUUCUCUCAGUUCACGUCCUUACUCGAUCUUGUCGAAGUUCCUCUGCACCGUGAGCGAAUCACAUAUCAACGCUACGACGGCAGCAUGAAGAUGGAUGAACGUGCCAACGCCGUCAACGCUUUCAUGGACGAUCCAAACGAAAACGUUAUGUUGGUUUCUCUCAAAGCUGGUAACGCUGGUCUCAAUCUUUGGAAGGCAUCUCAGGUGAUCAUACUUGAUCCCUUCUGGAACCCGUUCAUCGAAGAGCAGGCUAUCGACCGCGCUCAUCGCAUGCCCCAGGAGCGCGAAGUCUAUGUACAUCGCAUUAUUGUACCCGAGACUGUUGAAGACCGUAUCGUCGCCAUUCAGGACAGGAAGCGCGAUGAGAUCAAUGCCGCUCUUGACGAAAAGGCUUCAAAGAGUCUGACUCGUCUCAACUUGAAUGAACUCAAGUACCUGUUCGGUAUGGGCUAA